AUGUGUUUUCAAGUACUUUUUCUCGAGAACAGGUACAAAUACUCAAGUCUCAAGUAUGAAUACAAGUAUCGAAAAAAAUUCAAGUACAAGUACUUAACCCUCAAAUACAAGUACUUUUAUGCAAAAGAAAAACAAAAAAACAUUUCUCUGGUUAAUGGCGGACGCAAGCUAGUUUCAAUUUGUGAAACAGAUUCCUGUAAUAAUGCUCCUUUAACUGCUGAAUCGUUGGAAAUUGUGAUAACCAAAGUCAUGGAAAAAUCUAGCGAAAACAUGUUGAAACUCAUUGACGGGCUCUUGGAAAAAUCCAAAGAGAAUGUUGAAAAAGUAAUCUCCUUUUCUAACAACAAUCUUAAAAAUUUGUUUGUGAAAUUUGACUCAAAUAUGAAACAAGUAGUUGAGAAGAUUCAUGCCACUUUGUCAACGUUGAGUACUAGCAUAUCAGAAUUCCAGAAGCAAGUUUUUAAGCAGAAUGAAACACCAUUGAUUGAGUCAAUGACAAAAGCCUUUUGGGCGGUGGACCAGGAGCGAAAAGAUGAAGAAAGACGAGCCAGUAAUGAGAUUAUAUCUGGCCUUGAACAACAACCUGGAGCCAGUGAUAGGGAUAUUGUCACUUUGCUCUGUCGAUUAAGCCGCAGAUUAUCAAAACUUGCCAAAUCAGUAGAGCGACGCCUUAUCAAAUUCACCGGUGAAAAAUCUUCUAAAUUGAAUAAUGAUCAGCCUUUUCGUCUCAACAAAUAA